AAAUGGCUGAUAAUCAACAGGAAGAGCUUGUUAAUGAACCCCAAGGUGAAGAAGAAGAUGGCAUGGCUUUUCAAGAAGCUGCCGUCCCUUUUAUGUGGAAUGGAUAUUACAAUCAAUGGUGGCAAGGGUACUACCAUUACCCCCCUGUAUACAACUUUUAUCAGGGGCCACGCGUACCUCUGCCACCAAAUCCGGCACUGCCACCGCCACCUCCACCAUUGCCAGCGGCCCAGCCACCGCCACCUCCACCAGUUCCAGCGACCCAGCCACCGGGGGUAGCGGCAGUCCAGCCUCCGGCACCCGUGGCACAACCGCAGGCAGGAGUAGCUGCCGAGUUGCUGGAACAAGCCGUGGCCCAACCUCGGGCCGUGGCCCAACCUCCGCCCGUGGCCCAACCUCCGGCCGUGGAGCAACCUCUGGCCGUGGCCCAACCUCUGGCCGUGGCCCAACCUCCGCUCGUGGCCCAACCUCCGCCCGUGGCCCAACCGCCGGCCGUGGCUCAACCUCCGCCCGUGGCCCAACCUCCGCCCGUGGCUCAACCUCGGGCCGUGGCCCAACCUCCGCCAGUGCAGGCUUAUGCUGAUGUGGCCCGAGCUGCGGCAGACAGUCACGUCGAACGACAGCGUAUUUUGACGAGGGCCACGAAUUGGAUGAGGCGCCAUGCGGACGACAUCGGCCGUUUCGAGAGCACGGUUGCUGAAAGACGUGAAAUUUUAAAAGACAUGUCAAAUUGCACUGCUAUGUCUCCAAGAGAUUCCGUGCUCUACACUCUACAGUAG